AUGGAUAGGGGUGCAGUUGUAAGUGAUCCAUCAAAUCUUUUCAAUGAAUACUUCUCUUCACUUGUUCUUGAUCGAGCUGUUUUGACUAAGUCUGUUGAAGAUUUCGAACAUCAUCCAGGUGUGACUUCAAUCUCGUCGCGCAAUUUCAAUCUUGGAUUUUCAUUUCAACCUGUCAGUACGGAAUACAUUGGUAAAUUGCUCACUGGCCUUAAAACAAACAAGUCUUGUGGACUUGACAAUAUCACUCCGAUGAUUCUUAAGCUAUCUGCAUCAACAAUCAAAGGGCCUCUGACUAAGCUCCUUUAUUACAGCCUUACUAACUCAACGUGGCCACAGGAAUGGAAAUUAAGUAAUGUUACUCCAGUCUAUAAAAAGGAUGAUAGCUCUCUUGUGGAAAACUACAGACCAAUCAGUAUCUUUUUGUCCAUUCCCAAGAUUCUUGAGAAAGUUAUGUAUGAUCAGCUCUAUGAUACUUUCAAGACCCACUUCUCUCUCAAUAUGUCUGGAUUCUUAAGUGGGCACUCAUGUUGCACUGCUCUUCUAAAAAUGGUUGACUAG